AUGAGUUAUUGCAAAUCCUAUUCUUCACCUAUGGCUGUCAAACUAUCAGCUUCUUCUACAGAUGAUUAUCCAUUUUCUCAACCCUCUUUUUAUAGAAGUCUAGUUAGGGCUCUUCAAUAUCUUACCUUAACUAGCCUAGAUUUGGCAUUUACAGUAAAUCAUGCUUGUCAGUUCAUGCAAGCUCCAUCUAAUGCCCAUUUUGAAAAUGUCAAGAGGUUGCUCCAAUAUCUCAAAGGGACCUUACAUCAUGGUCUUCAUUUUUCUUCUAGCCCUCUUCAUCUCACUGCUUUUCCAGACUCUAAUUGGGCUGCCAAUGUUGUUGACCGCAGAUCUACCACAAGGUACUAUGUUUUCCUUGGUCCCAAUUUGAUUUCUUGGGCUGCUAAAAGGCAACAAAUAGUUUCCCAAUCUUCUUCUGAAGCAAAAUAUGGUGCUUUUGCUCAAACUUCUGCUAAGCUCAGUUGGAUUGACAUGUUGUUGAAUGAACUCCAUAUUUCUAUUCCAGUUCCCACUCUAUGGUGUGACAACUUGUCUGCCAUAGCCAUGACACAUAAUCCUGUUUUCCAUGCUCGAACCAAGCAUUUCGAGGUUGAUUAUCACUAUGUUCGUGAAAGGGUGGUUGCCAAGAAACUUGCCAUUUGUCACAUUCCCUUCAUCGAUCACAUUGUUGAUAUAUUCACCAAGCCUUUGUGUCUCGCUUUCAAUAUUUUCAAAGCAAACUUUUUGUCCUUUCUAGUCUUGGAAGUUUGA